AUGUCAUUCGCCCGCUGGCCCACUGGCUCCUCUCGGCCGCACCUGCCACACGUUGACGGGCCCCUCCUUCCCAGGAAGCCUGCACUCUUGUGCUCCUGGCUCCUCAAGGGCUCCUCCGUCCUCAAGUCCUCACCGUGUCUGAAGCUUGAUCCUCAUCACCCAACGUCAAAAAGAGCCCGCGCUGCGACUUUUGGCCUUUUGCGCCUCCGUCUCCCAUCCCCAUCCCCAUCCCCAUCCCGACUCACCUCACCUCGCCUCGCCUCGACUCGACUCGACUCGACUCGACCCGACCGAUCGUCUCUCGCCUCUCAUCGUUUCUUCACGCUCUGUUUGCUGCGAAGCGCCACCACAAUCAUGGCCGUCGUCGCAACCAUCAAAUGCGUUGUCGUCGGCGACGGUGCUGUUGGCAAGACGUGCCUUCUCAUCAGCUACACCACCAACAAAUUCCCCUCCGAAUAUGUUCCGACGGUCUUUGAUAACUAUGCCGUUACGGUAAUGAUCGGCGACGAACCCUAUACCCUCGGCCUAUUCGAUACCGCCGGUCAAGAAGAUUACGACAGACUGCGACCUCUCUCAUACCCUCAGACCGACGUCUUCCUCGUCUGCUUUAGCGUUACGUCGCCUGCUUCGUUUGAAAACGUUCGCGAAAAAUGGUUUCCCGAGGUUCACCACCACUGCCCUGGUGUUCCCUGCCUCAUUGUUGGCACCCAGGUCGACUUAAGAGACGAUCCCAGCGUCAAAGAAAAGCUCAUGAAGCAGAAGAUGACGCCUGUUAGGAGAGAAGACGGCGAGCGCAUGGCUAAGGAGCUGCACGCCGUCAAGUAUGUCGAAUGCAGUGCGCUUACGCAAUUCAAGCUGAAGGAUGUGUUUGAUGAGGUAGGUUGA